UCGGCUAAUCAAUCGUCUUGCUACGAGUUGCGAAGCAUGAAUUCGUGGGCUGAAACGGAAGAAACCAAGCAGCUAACGAGUUAACUCAAUGGGAAGAUGAAAAAUGUCAAAUUCUCCUACGUUCGUCCCACCCAUUACAAUUUUCAUAAGCUUGCAAAUCCAAACUUACCAUUAAUUCAAGAUUACAUCUCCCACCCGACUGCCACCACUCUAUCGUACGCUCUGCAACACUACAUUAGUUCAGACACUCCUUCUCACGGCCAAAAGAUUCACACCCAUGUUAUAAAAACCGGAUUUAAAUCUAACACAAAUGUCUCAAUUAAACUCCUGAUUCUUUACUUGAAAUGCGGGUGUUUGAGUUACGCGCGCCAGAUGUUCGACGAAUUACCUCAACGAACUCUUUCGGCUUAUAAUUACUUAAUUGGUGGGUAUUUAAGAAAAGGGUUAGCUCAAGAAUCGAUUAGUUUGGCGCGUAGGUUGAUUCUUGAUGGACAAAGGCCUGAUGGGUUUACAAUUUCCAUGAUUUUAAAGGCUUCUAGUUCUAUUUGUGGCGGUUAUAAUGUGGUGGUGGAUCGUAAUUUAGUGAGUGUGGUACAUGGUCAGAUUUUGAGGUCGAAUGUUGAGAGUGAUGAUGUGCUUUAUACAGCACUUAUCGACUCGUAUGUGAAGAGUGAGAGGGUUAGCUGUGCAAGGAAGGUUUUUAAUUUGAUGAUUGAGAAGAAUGUGAUAUGUUCGACUUCGAUGAUAUCGGGGUAUAUGAACCAAGGUUGUGUAGAGGAUGCUGAGGAGAUAUUCGAGAAGACGGUAGAGAAAGAUAUUGUGGUGUUCAACGCUAUGAUUGAAGGUUAUAGCAGAUCAGCUGAAACAGCUGAGAAGGGUCUUGAGUUUUAUGUUGAGAUGCAGCGGGUUGGAUUUAGGCCGAAUUUGUCGACUUUUGCUAGUGUAAUUGGUGCUUGUUCUGUGUUGGCGACGUUUGAGAUUGGUCAGCAAGUGCAGUGUCAGCUUUUGAAGAGUGAGUUCGUUGCACACGUAAAAAUUGGAAGUGCUCUUAUAGAUAUGCAUUCGAAAUGUGGAAGAAUUGAGGAUGCUAGAAGAAUUUUUGAUCACAUGCCUGAGAAGAAUGUGUUUUCAUGGUCAUCGUUGAUUGAUGGAUAUGGGAAGAAUGGAAAACCUAAUGAAGCACUUGAGCUUUUUAAUAGGAUGCAAGACUGUUCGGUUGAGCCCAAUUCUGUUACUUUUCUUGGUGCUCUCUCAGCCUGCGGACAUGCUGGCUUAGUUUCUAAAGGUCGUGAGAUUUUUGAGAGCAUGGAGAGAGACUACUCACUAACACCAGGCAUGGAGCAUUAUGCAUGCAUGGUUGACCUGUUGGGACGUGCAGGAAGUUUAAACCUAGCAUGGGAUUUUGUCAUGGGGAUGCCUCAGAAGCCCAACUCUGAUGUUUGGGCAGCUUUGCUGAGUUCAUGUAAUCUUCAUGGAAAUCUAGAAAUGGCCAAUAUUGCUGCCCAUGAACUCUUUAAGCUAAAUGCGGAAGGUCGGCCUGGUGCAUAUGUUGCACUAUCUAAUACCUUGGCAGCGUCUGGGAAAUGGAAUGUUGUCAGUGAGGUUAGGGAGAUAAUGAAGUCAAGAGGUAUAUCAAAAGAUACUGGUAGCAGUUGGGUUGGGACUGAAAGUUCUUUAUAAGCUUCAAUUAGGAUAAAACAUGUAGGCCAACAUAUUAAGUCAGAAGAGCUGAUAUGUUUGAAAUACUCUUUGUGGCAUCAUUAAACAUUCAUUAUCGAUUGAAUAUCGUUUUGUUGAACAGAAUUUUAAGGUUUA